AUGGAUAGUUGUUUUUCCUCGGAACUUAGUGCUCUAGGAUUCGGUUCAUUCACGUUCUUUGGAGAACCAAAAUUUAAUCGGCUUAGACAAUUAAUUAGUGAUAAAACUAGUUCAUUAAGUAAAGUAAAUGAUAAAAAACUAUUUAGGGAAAAAUGCUUUGAAUUGGCUGAUUUACUAAUUAAAUAUAAGGCUCCUCCUGCACAUUAUAGUCAACAAAAGGAAAAAUGGGAAGGAGCAAUAAGAGAUUGGUUCAGAAGAUACUAUAAAGACCUAAAAAAUUAUGGCGGAUGCUUUAUAAUUUUAGAUGAGGAAGAUAAAAAAAUUUUACAAUUAAUAUAUGAUGCAGAAGAUUUCUGUGAGGAAAAAGAAAGUAAAAAACCAAAUAAAAAAUGCCUUCAGGAAGCACGUGAUAAUUCCUAUAAUUGUGAUAGUAAGUGUUCAAGUGAAAUUAAUCAAUAUAAUGCUUGGAUUGUAAAUAAGAAGAGCUAUUUUGCCAAUGAGAAGGAAAAAAUUUAUCAGAAAUGUAAAAAAGACGAUACUUUAUUUUCAUUUCCAAAACGGUCUUGCGAUGUUUUUAAAGCUCAAACUUUUGAAACAAUUCUUGAAUGCAAGACCUCGAAACUGACUACACUGAAAAGACCUGAACAAGAAAAAUUAUCUCUUUCUCAAGAUCAAACUCAAGAUACUAAAAGUAAUCAAAUUAAAAGUGAGAAAUCUACACAACAUGAUGUAUCACAAACUUCAGAACGUUCCGAAUCUACUUCAGGAAUACAAUCUCACGCAUCAGCAGAUUCAUUACCUAAAAUUCAGUCUUUGGAAAGUGCAACGCCUGAGACUGCAGAAGAACUAUCUUCAAAAACCGAUGUAUCAUUAAUUUCUGGAGAUUCUGAAUCAACAGAUUCAAAAUUACCAAAACCUUUUACAUAUUCCCCAAAUAAUGAAGGUUCACAAGAAACCCCUUAUAGCCAAACAAAAACUCUAGCUCCUAAUACUCUAGUUACUGACUUACAAUCUCGUGCUUUACUUAAACUUCCUAAAUUUUCAGGCCAAGAACAAAAUUUAUCUGUAAUAAACACAUCAUCUAUCUUAAUAACCAUUCUUCUUAUUAUGGUAUUUUCCAUUUUUAUUAAAUAUGCUUUAACAGUGAUGUUCAAAAAAAAAAAAAAGAUAAAGAGAAAACAAAUGAAAUUCCUUAGAAUACUACUACCUUCUUUCUCUGAGAGAAAAAGAAUAUUUUUAACAAAUGAUCAAUUGGUUCAACAAAAAUAUAAUAAUAAAGAAAUCACCAAAAAAAUAAAAAUAAAAGAACAUAACAUAAAACAAAAUGUAAACUCCUCAAAGAGGAAAACGGAAAGGACAAAAACUAUUAUAGAAGUACAUAUGGAAGUACUUCAAAAAUUUAGAAAUGAAGAAUGGGAUUUAAAAAAAAGAGAAUAUUUGGAAAUAUGCUUGGAGGAGUUCACAGAAGGCCAAACUAGAGACUAUCCUAAUUUAGAAAGUGACCAACUAUUAGCAGAAUGUACUAAAAACAGUAGAGGCACUAAAGAAUCCAUAACUCUAUGCAAUAAGUGGAUAAAAAGAUACAAAUAUCUUUCUGAAAAAUUGAAAAAAGAAGAUUGGUUUAACAGCUUGAAAAAUGAGUGGAAAAGAGAACGAGAAUACAUAAAAAGAAGUAAUGAAUUAAAUAAUAAUAUUCCAAAUGACACCCCAAAUAUUUCAUCAUUAGAAACAGAAAAAGAUAUAUGGAGACAAUGGAUAUCAAAGAAGGGUCGGAUUAUAGAGCAGUAUUUGGAAUAUGAAUGGUUUAGCGGAUUAACGGAAGAAUUACAGAAUACUUUAGAUGAAUAUGGAAAUGACAGAAAUAAAUAUAAUGUAUCACUAAUUGAUUUGGAAGAGUUGGAACAAAAAGGAUGUAGUGAAGAACUAUAUAAAUACGUAAAAAAAAAAUUACUAGAAAAACUGUGUAUACUUGUACUUAUGACAAUAUUAGAAGAAUGCAAAAAAGAGGAGAAUACAGAGAAUAGUGAAUCAUAUUUGGAUAAUUCCAUAAAUGAAUGCAAAUUAGGAAAAAAUAUUGAUGAAAAAUCAGGAAUUACAGAAAACAUAAAUAAAGAUAUAGGAAAUGUUUUGGAGUACAUGGAAAAUAAGGAAUCUUAUAGCAAUAAAGGAGAAGAACCUUUUAUACAGGAACUGAAUGAUUGGAUAAGAGAAGAAAAUACAUAUAUAUAUUUUAUAAACAAUUAG